AUGAAUCCAUAUUGUGGGCUAUGUGUCCGUAAUUGUACUUUUGGUGUUCAAUUAAAUGAAUUACAGCAAUUGCUACGUUGUGAUCUUCGAUGUUCUGGACAUCCUACGUGUCCUUUCCGAUGUUCAGUUAUUAUUCGAAAUGAUGGAACUGGUCAUAUUAUUGUUGGCAACAACAAUGUCCGACACAAGCAAAAUAGUAAAAUAUGUCGUCCUAUUCGUACUCCACUUCGUUCAAUAAUUAAACAGUAA